AUGUCUGCUAAAGAGCCACUUGUUUGCGAACCCGAAGACCAGUCUACUGGUCGGCCAGCAACCUUCAUCUUCCUCCAUGGCUUUGGUGACGACGCAGAAGGCAUUCCACUUGGUCUCGCCCAACAAUUUCAAUUUUACCACAAGCUACCCUAUCUACGAUGGCUACUUCCGAAUGCUCCUCGCAACCAAGAAGCAUCCUCCACAGCCUGGUAUAUGCCAAAAGCCCUACUGAAUGCGUUGAAACCGCGAGUCCCCGGAGCAGAACAGAACGACGAGACAGACCCCGAUGACGAGCCUGGCAUACUAGAGUCCUGCGAUACCGUCGACAAACUGGUUCGGCAGGAGACCGACCGCGGAAUAGAACCAAGCCGCAUCGUCGUUGGUGGCUUCAGCCAAGGUUGCGCAGUCAGUCUGGUCUGGGGCCUCGUUGGUAAAGAGAGGGACAACGUUGCUGGCGUGAUGCCGUUGAGCGGCUAUUUCCCACUUGCGGAUCGUAUUGCGGCAUUGCGGAAAGAGCGUGGGAUGAGUGAGACACCAGAGAAAGAGAAGGAGAAAAAGAAGUGGUUUUAUGCACAUGGAGCGCGGGAUGCACUGGUCCCUCGGAGCUUGUUCAUACAUGGCAAGGAAGAGUUGGGCAAGUGGAUCGAUGCGGACAGAGACUUGGAGGAGCAUCUUUAUGAGGGCAUGGCGCAUAAUACGACGAAUGCUGAGCUGAGGGAUAUGCUCAAGUGGCUGUCUCAGGUUCUGCCGCCUUGA